CACCCCAGACAAAUACUUUAGAAAUGAUGGCUCUCCCCGCUUCUGCUCUCUCUUCUCUAUCCAUCCCGAUGACCACCUCUGCUUUGGUGCAUGAGAGCCGGUUAGGAUGGGUGGGUCUAUCGAGCAACAGGGCGAUGUGCCAACAUCGUCCAUGACCAUCGCGGUGCGGAUCAUUGUGUUAGUGCUGGCGGUUCCGACAACCUUGGUGUGCAUGCUUCGACUGUAUAUGCGCAAGUUCGUCCUGAACAAUUUCGGGCUUGAUGACUGGUUGGUGCUGGUUGCUCUUAUCGGAGUGGAUCUGUUCUCUGCCCUGGCGUAUAUCAUAACGUACUAUGGAUUGGGUCGGCCUUUGAAAUAUGUUCCUGAAGACCAUCUGGUUGUCUUCCUCACGCUCGAAUAUGCCUCACAAUGCGCCUACCUAGUCAUCGCAGCAACUGUGAAAACGAGCCUGCUCAUAUUUAUAAUGCGUCUGUUUCCGACUCGCUUCGUCCACAUUGCCGGGAAAGCCCUUCUUGGUAUCAUCGCGGCCUUCACCCUUUCGGGGACCCUCGCGCUGGUCUUUCAAUGUCGCCCUGUCCAAGCGGCCUACGACAAGACUAUCACCAAUUCGAGCUGCUAUCCCACUGAGACCUCGUACGCAAUUCUUAUGAUGCAAGGUGUCAUCAUGUUCGUGCUAGAUGUAUCGAUCCUAGUACUUCCGAUACGGCCUAUCUGGCAGUUGCAGAUGCCGAUAAGGAGACGAAUACUUGUGCUGGGGCUACUCUGCAUUGGUUUUACCGCAUGUGUUGCUGCCCUCGUGCGUUUCUCGACUCUAAAGUUUGCCAAUGAUACGACCAAUUUCACCUACUCAGCCUCCACGUCCCUCAUUUGGAUGGAGAUUGAAUUCAACCUCGGCCUAAUGUCAGGGUCUCUUCCUUCUCUGCGAAAACUUUUCAAGCUUGGCUCUCAAUUUCCCACGAGCCGGUCAACGAAGACACAGCAAAGUUAUGCAUCGAACUUCGAGUUGCACCGCCACAGUUGGACUAUAGGUGGAAUCACAAAGAAGACAGAGAUUCAGAGAGACUAUGAGAGAAGUGAGAGCCAGGAGUUCAUUGCCCCAAUAUAUGGGCAGGGAGAACUGACCACGACUUCCAAAGCGUAUGCAGAUGGGGAGACAAGCUCUGCCAGUAAUGUAUGAUGCCCGGGUCGUGAUGAUUAAUUUAUGGUAUCUGUGUCUCGAUGACGCGAAUAGAGCCAUCCAAAUGCAGAGAAGACCCAAGCGGGUUCGCGCAUUCAAUUUGUAAAGGUCCC